UUAGGUCGUGACGUUCAACACAAUAUAACUUAUUCAGUUAUAACAAACAACACUCAGGGCGCAAUGCUCUACAUGGCUGCCGGUGAAGUCAACCCUAUAGUAACAAUCGAAAGAAACCAGAUCAAAUCAAACUGCAGAGCGCUGUACGGAAAUUUUACUACUUGUAAAUCUUCGGUUGAAAUUGACGUUCAAAAUACUCAAUCCAUAUUCUUUAGGAGUAACUUAGUAGAACAAAAUAUCGGAGGUUUGUUCAUUAAAGCCGAUUCUCGAAGCUCAGCUACAUCUCUACAAGGCUGGAUCUACAACAAUCUCUUUGUGAACAAUACCAAUUUGCCUACUUUAUACGUAGAAGGGAGACAGUCAUCCCCGUAUCAAGAAGUAACAAUUUUUAGGAAUUAUUUUACGAGAAACUACGCACAAUAUCACAAUAAUAUCGUGCUGAAACAAGUUGUUUCGAAUUUUACUUACAAUUUUGUUAGAAGGAAUAUAGGACAACAGAAUUUAGAGGUGUCUGGUUUCGAUAAAGUGAGAUUGAAUAUCUUUCAAACAACUACACACAAUGGAUUCUACAAGUAG